AUGACAACUCUUGAUAUCCGAGCAGGAUCUACCAUACACGCCCACUCGGAUGCUAUCAAAGUUCCUACUCGAGUCCGUACUUCUACUUCGGAGUACACUCCAGUUUCGUCCGAGUUGCAACUUGCAAAGACCUCGAGCCUACGAGUCUACCCCAUACCGAUACAGAACAGCGUCAUGAUCUUUCUUGAAAACUUUAUCGUAAGCUCCACUCGGUGGCUAGAGAUUGGCUAUGGUUGGGAUCUUGGUUCAAGAACUGCAAGCCAAGCUUGGAACACGAAACCCCGAGAUCAAGCUCAUCCAUUUGAAUUUUGUAUGA